CAUCCCCAGCUUCGCGAACGUGAGCCAACGGGCUCUGUUUUGCUAUGGCUCACUUGAGCACGUAAUCGGUUCAACAAGUGACAGUUAUCGCCCGACUUGCUUGAAGUUUUUCCCCAUCGUUUAACAACAAUGAGUGGUCGACCAAGGAAAAUACAAAAAAAAGAAAGCGAAUAUGACAUCAAGACAAAAACGGAACCCAUCCCCUAUUACCCCCCAGGCUGCAGAAGAAGCGAGUCCUGUGUCAGGCAGUGAUGUCUACACCGACUGUCAAUCCACUUUAUGUUCUUUACAAUGCACCCCAAAAAGAUGCACGAGAGGGACAAAAAAAAACACAAGAAGCAUUCCACACCGACAGUCUGGCCACUGUGUGUUCCUUCGGAAGCACCCCCAAAAAAUGCAUGGGACGGCCAAGAAAAACCCCGGAAGCCUUCCGUACAUCCACACCUUUGCAUAGGUUGUCCACCGAACGACUGCCCAACAUUUGUGACAUUCGCUCUGAAGAAGAGGAUGGGAAGGAUAAGAAAUCAGAGGUUGAGUCACCAUGCGACACGCCAAGGUCUCAGAACAGGAAGAGGAGCAUAGAGGCUGCCGAAUCCAGACGACUUAGAAAAAAACUACCAGUGACGCAAACCACAUCUUCUCCAGCAAAACGCCGCUGUUCUAAGAACCUGAAAAAUAGGGUUAUCACUCCUUCAUCAUCUGAACCCUCACGACCAAGAUUCGAACUAAAGGAAGAUGAGUCUUUGCUGUCGUCAGAUCUGUCAACUGAGUUAAGUGACCACAAGGAACAGAUGCCUCUUCUUUCUUUCCCGGAGGAUGAGGAGAGUGUUGAUGAAGAGGAGCUGCCAAGUUUAUUGAUGCAGACAAGACCACUGUCUAUCACAGAGGGAGUUUUUGUGUGGUGCAAAUUUAGACGCUUUGCUACAUGGCCAGCGUUGGUCAAGCAAGUAAAUCGUAAGGCAAAAAAGGCCAGCAUUAUUUUCAUUGAUGAUCAGAUAAGUCGACAAAAACGGGGGGUCAUUGUGGCUCUGAAAUCCCUGAAGCCUUUUGACCGUGAAGGAGCUAUUGAGCUGGCGGCUGAAGCCAAAGAAGAAUGGGCCACUAAGAUGAAGUGGUCCCUGGAGCUGAUAACCGACUACCGAAUACGCAUCGCUUGUGGCUCGUUUUGUGGUUCCUUCCUCGAGUACUUUAAUCAUGGCAUUAGUAAUCCAGUGAGGAACAAGUCAGCGCAGGACUCCUAA